GCCUACAAUAGCAGUGCAUAUUUUCAUGUAGUACACCUUUCGUUUUGGUUCAUACCGCCAAGGACAUUAAGAAUGUAGGCGGAACUAUAUGUCUGCAAAGGUUUCCGGGGGGACCCAUUAUAUGCACGGAUAUAUACAAGUAGUAGAAAGUUCGGUUGUCACAGCUUUCUGAAGUUAUGGCCAAGUGUUAAAAGGUGUUUAAUCUGUUCAAGAAACACUCCAAAGGAAGCUAUUCCCUCCCUGUGUUAUUUAAUGCAGCCAAUGAGGUUUGUGUUCUGUUUCUAUAUGUUAUUUGGUAUAAGUGAAGUUGAAAUAUUGCAUUGCUGCUAAUGUCGCUAAUAGGCACAUAGCUAAACCUUCAUGUAAACCUUAAGUUAAACCGUUUCUAAUACAAAUGGAUAUUUGUAUGCAAUUUCGUCAUAUAUGUUGAACUAAGGAUAUGUUAAUGUGGUUUAAAACGAAGAUAAAGGUUCAUAUUGAACAAGGACAAACAUUGACAAGGACAAAGAGCUAAUUCAUAAUGAAUAAAUAACCAUUGUUAGUUCUACAACACAAGAAAUAUUUCUUUGUAUAAGUUUACAUUUAUUUCAUAGUUAAAGGGUAUUAUAUUGGAGUUUAAAUAAGCCAUUUAUGCACAAUUGUACAUUUGUUUUUAUCUUAUUGGUUUUUGCUUGUGUAAUUCUGUAUUACAGUUCUCACGUUUAGGAAUAAAUCCUAAUCAGUGAUGUUAAGAACAGUUGUGCUGUCAUCAUUAUAUCAGAGGGAGGCACAGUGAGAACUCAAUGCUCCAGAGGACAGCACCAGAGAGCAGUGAUUUACAGUAACAAGAAAGGAUGUCUGAGAUUGAAAGAGAGUCUGUAGAUAUGCAUACGCAGCAGAGCUGUACGGACAUGAACCCACAGCCAAGUGACAGAGAUGAGCUGCAGCUUCACGCAGACAUGCCUUCACCAGUAACUGGUGGAGCAAGUGGCUAUGACUUUGUUCCUCCACAAGUGCCGAAUAGAGACCAAAGAGUCCGCAAGAUGUCGGAAAAGGGUCAAGAACUGCACGAUGAGCAAGUAAAAAGAAUUGCACGUCGUUUCAGUGUGUGCUAUGAAAGGUGGAAGGAGGUCACAAAGAAAGCCAACCAAAUGCUAAGUGAUCAAUGCUCAGCCGACCUACUGAAUGAACAUGUCACUAAAGUAAAUGAUGCUUCAAGGAGUGUGAAUGCUGUUUAUGAAGAGUUGCGACGGAAGAGUGUUCCUGACAAUGACACACGCCGUAGAGUUGACACCUGUGAAACAGUGACACAGAGGAUUGUUAAGCAAGCAAUGGCAAUUUUAGACACAAUAAAUGGUCACGGGGAUGAAGAACAAGGUGGUGAUGAGACAAGGUCCACCAAGAAGAGCAUCAGCUCUCACAGUACUAAGGCUUCUACUCAUUCCCGUCUAACUUCUGCCAGCAGAAAGAGUGCAGCUGCCGAAGUUGCCGCCAAUGAAGCCACCCUACAAGUACUGCUGGAGCAAGAACAUCAUAUUGAAGAAUUGCAGAGGCUGGAAGCUGAAGCUGCCCAGCUAAAGGCUAAACAGGAGGCUGAGAUUGCAGAGAGACAAAGACUGCUAGAAGCCAAACGCAGAGAAAUAGAACGUUUCGAGACAAUUAAGAAACUAAAGGCUGCCAAGGCACGACAGCAAGUAUAUGAACAGAGCGAGAGCUCACGUCAAACAUCUAAACAGAGUCAAUGCUCCGAUGACGACAUAAAUGAGCUGCUCCAUAAAUCUGUUCCUGUGAGGAUUAAAGAGAAAGUCAAGCAGGAACUAAGCCCAACACAGCACCAUUCUCCACCACAAGCUGUAAUGCAUCCAGCUGAAGACAACACAGCAGCUCUUGUUAGAGCACUCACAGAAUCCAUUAAUGCUAGCCGCAUGCCUGUACCUGAACCAACAAUGUUCAGCGGUGACCCACUCAGAUUCCAUGACUGGAAGGUUUCCUUUCAGACCCUCAUUGACAGGAAGAGCAUACCAGCUGAAGAAAAGAUAUACUAUCUACGCAAGUAUGUGGGUGGAUCUGCGAAGAAAGCCAUAGAGAGCUACUUCCUACUAGGCACUAAAUCAGCCUACCUUGCAGCAUGGUGCAUCCUGGAGGAGCGAUACGGUAGUCCGUUCCUCAUCGCCAAGGCUUUCAGAGAUAAGAUUGAUGCAUGGCCCAAGAUAAGUGCUAAAGGCAGUCUGGAACUUCAAGAAUUUGUUGACUUCCUUCGCAGCUGUGAGUCCGCAAUGCCUCAAAUCAAAAGUCUUGAAGUGCUAAAUGACUACAAUGAGAACCAGAAAAUACUUGCUAAACUUCCAGACUGGUUGACUUCAAGGUGGAACCGAAAGGUCAUGGAAGUGGAGGAAGAAAGUCAAACAUUCCCAAGCUUCAGCCAGUUUGUCCAGUUCCUCACACGGGAGGCCAAGAUUGCAUGCAAUCCAAUCACAUCUCUCCAUGCACUGAAACCAAGUGAAGGAGAGAAGGGUAAAGUUUUAAAGAACAGAAGUCCUGGAGCGAAGGCCUUGGCAACGAGCGCAAAUGAGAAAGCCAAUGCCACAUGCUGUGUCUUCUGUGAGAAGGUAGGGCACGGUCUGUCUGAGUGUCGUAAGUUCAUAAGGAAGGCAAUCACAGAACGACUAAAGUUCGUCCAAGAGAAGAAGUUGUGUUUUGGCUGUCUGAAGUUUGGCCAUCGUUCCAAAGACUGUGGAGACAGGAACAUCUGUAGGUUGUGUGAGAAAGGACAUCCGACAUGCCUCCAUGAUAAUCGUACAAAGGAAGAAAGGAUGCAAGCAAGGACUGGUGGAGCUAGAGACCAUGACAAGUCAAGGGAAGGGAAGGCAGAUCAGCCACAAGGAUUUGGCACUUGGUGAACUGCAGAUAGAAAGAGCCCUUGGUGUGCAGUGGUGCGUGACUUCUGAUGAGUUUCAGUUCAGAGUGGUCAUCAAAGACAAACCAUUUAC